AUGCUGUGCAGACGACUCGCCUCGCGGCGGCUCCCCUCCAUCCGGUGGCAGAGCACAACCUCUCCAUCGUUAUCGCCAUCGCCAUCGCCAUCGCCAUCGACAACCACUGCGACCGUACCCGAGCCUCCUUCACACGCCACCCCCCGCCUCACUGCACUCAAAUCCGCAAAGCCCUUCUCACAGUUCCUGACAGACACCUUUAAUCGCCAACAUGACUACCUGCGCAUCAGCGUCACCGAGCGCUGUAACCUGCGCUGUCUCUACUGCAUGCCGGAGGAAGGCAUCGAGCUCUCGCCACAGCCACGCCUCUUGACCUCCCCGGAAAUCUUAUACCUGUCCUCCCUCUUCGUCUCGCAGGGCGUCACGAAGAUCCGCCUGACAGGUGGUGAGCCGACUGUGCGGAAGGACAUCGUCCCGCUCAUGCAGGAUAUCGGCAAGCUGCGGCGUGACGGGCUCCGCGAGCUCUGCCUUACCACCAACGGUAUCUCCUUGCAUCGCAAGUUAGAUCCCAUGGUUGAGGCGGGGCUGACCGGGGUCAACCUCAGUUUGGAUACACUGGACCCGUUCCAGUAUCAGAUUAUGACUAGGCGGAAGGGCUUUGACAUGGUGAUGAAGAGUAUCGAUCGGAUUCUGGAAAUGAACAAGGUCGGUGCGGGGAUCAAGUUGAAGAUCAACUGCGUCGUUAUGCGGGGGAUGAAUGACCGCGAGAUCAUCCCCUUUGUCGAGUUGGGCCGCGAGAUGCCCGUCGAGGUGCGCUUCAUCGAAUAUAUGCCUUUUGAUGGCAACAAGUGGAAUCAGGGCAAGAUGUUCCCCUACCAGGAGAUGCUGGCGAUGAUCCGGGAGAAAUACCCUUCGCUUGAAAAGGUCACCGACCAUAAGAAUGAUACCAGCAAGACUUAUAAAGUCCCUGGAUUCCAGGGCCAGAUGGGAUUUAUCACGAGCAUGACGCAUAAUUUCUGCGGAUCAUGCAACCGACUACGUAUUACUAGCGAUGGGAACCUCAAAGUGUGUCUCUUUGGUAAUGCCGAGGUGUCCCUGCGGGAUAUAAUUCGCCGGGAGAACGACGGACAGCCUAUUGAUGAAGGCGCGUUGAAGGAGCUGCGACUACUGGAGACUGUGCAGUCUGCGGCUCUCCUCAGCGACGAAGGUGGCCUCGUCAAUGAACGGGAGCGUGAAAUCCUCGAUGUCAUUGGCGCAGCCGUCAAACGUAAGAAGGCGAAGCAUGCUGGGAUGGGAAAAUUGGAGAACAUGAAGAACCGGCCUAUGAUUCUUAUCGUAGACCAGCUUUUCCAAAGUAUAAACCAGGCGUGCCUGCAUCUUCUUCCCUGGUCGAGGAUUCCCUCGCAUCUCUUUGCCAAUCUCGGGUCCCCCCAGGCCCGUUUAUACCACAGUGGGCGUCCUUCAAGCAAUAACCCCACCACCACCACCCCAAUCUCCGAUGAAAAAAAGUCGCACUCCCUUCCUACAGCCUCAGACCCCGACCUCCCCCACCUCACACCUUCACAAACCGUACACAUGACACAGAUCACGAAGAAACCCGAAACCGCACGCAAAGCCACUGCCGCCUGCGAAGUAUCCUUCUCAAAUCAACGACCAUGGGAACUCCUCCGCAAAGGCCAAGGUACGCACAAAGGCGACGUCUACAGCGUUGCCCGAAUCGCGGGAAUUAUGGCAGCCAAGCGGACUCCAGAUAUUGUCCCCCUUUGUCACCCGGGUAUUGGCAUUACAGGCGUCGAGGUGACAGUUGAUCUGGUCGAGCCUGGAACAGAGUCUCAGGAUCACGGAUCUAUGAAGAUAGUUUCGACUGUGAGUUGUUUUGGUCGAACUGGAGUUGAGAUGGAGGCCAUGACGGCGGCGACUGGGGCUGCGUUAACAGUAUAUGAUAUGCUCAAAGCUGUUGAUAAGGGGAUGAUAAUUGGGGGUGUGCGCUUGCUAGAGAAACAAGGUGGAAAGAGUGGGCAUUGGGUGCGAGAGGAGGGGAUAUAA